AUGGAGCAUUUUAGUGAUUAUACUGAAGAUCUACGUCAUGUUCUUCAAGCUGGCUGCGACGACAAUGUGUGGCGCUCCUUCCACAAAGGCAUGGAAGAGAAGCUGUGGCGUGUGGACGCCUUGCUGCUUGCCAGCGCCAUCAUGGUGGGCGUUAUAGUUGGGAUAGAUGCCUAUAGCCAGCGCUACCGUCACCACCCCUUCACCCGUUUUAUCUACCUCGGCGCCACCACACUGUUCUUGCCUAUCAUCUCCUCCGUCGUCUCAUCCAUCAACACUGGAUUCGACUAUAGCAUGAUCAUCCCUGACAUAUGGGACCAGAAAGCCCCUUCCUUGAUGGCUGUGUGCAAUCCGGACAAGCACUCUGUCCUGGUGCAAUUCUUCGCCUUUGGGCGCAAUCCUUGCCUUGUUUCUAGGUACAUGCGACAGCUGCAACCAAUGGCCGUACCUCCACUCCCACUAUUGGUUAUGGGAGAAGAGAGCAGGCACAUCGAGAAGCAUCCUCGCGGGUACGUGUUGAUGUAUGAUGACGACAACUCAGGAUCGAGAACAAUGUCGUCGUCGUCCUUGCACAAACCAGGCAUUAACGGUUUGGUGACAGUUGACAGGGUUUGGCAGCAGCCAGAUGGCAACAACGGCACAAUGCUUCUUCCAGCGUGA